AUGGACCUCGAUUACGUUCGAUGGCUGGGCCACCAGGGGGCACCUUGCCCAGAGCGGCUGAGAGGGAGGGAGCCACCCCUCGCCUUUGUCGUCGUCCACACCAAUGGCAUCCACAGGUGCAAGAUUCAACCAUGUGCAUGUCUUCGCUGUCCAGGUCUCAUUGAUCAGGCUCUGAACGCCUAUCUAUUCCCCGGGACCAUCGACCUCCCGCAGACCCUAUUCACUCAUGCGGUUCUACGGGACGCACACAUUGACAUCCUCACGUCGAAGAAGCCACCGCAUGCAUAUAUAAAGAAGCUUGAGAGGAAGACCAGACACGCGACUUCGGCGAAGAGCAAGAACCGGUACCGGGAGUUCAACUACCCCAACCGCCGGGAAGACUUGAUCACUGUCCCUUGCUUCGCAUGCCCUUGGCCUGGGGUGAACCUCCCUGAGGAUUGGGAGAACACCUCACGGGAUCUGCGAUACAUCUAUCGCAUCUUCAUGGGCGCGGACGGCAACCACAGUUUGCACAAAAAGUCUAAGCGUGAUGACAAGACCGACUACAGUUUGGCUGGUGGUCGUGCGUUUUUCGCUGACGCAGAAAAGAUGGCUGCCUUUGCUAAGAAGACGUCGAAGGAUCGCACUGUGGUACAAACAUGCAGUGGGUUCAAGGUCACUCGAUCCCAACGAGCGGGCAAGUUCCGCAACAUGGACAUCAGCGGGGUGGUCGCGAUUACCUGUCUUCGCCAUGGUUGUUUCUUCUCUAGAGCGGUGGUUGAUCUUGUUGGGAACGAGCAAUUCCACCUCGUAGAUUUGGCUAUGUGUGGGGCCUUUGAGAGCGCGUACAAGCUGCUUGAGCACUUGCUCAGCUACGAUAUGGGAUGUACGUACCUCGUCGGCCUUAUGAACAGGUGGGACGAGUGGAACCUGCCCCUGGAGAUGCGCAAGGUCCUCGCAUGCAUGAAAAUCCUCCUCCCGCAAAUGCACAUGCUCGCCCACAAGGAGAGUUGUCAGAUCGAUUUCGCAAUGUGCUACAAGCAAGGUACCGGCCACAGCAACGGCGAGACGGUCGAGAUCGCCUGGGCUAUUCUGAACGAGAUCGGCGUCGCGACUCGCGAGAUGAACGGGGGUGCCCGCCACGAUGCGAUCUGCGAUAGCAUCAAUGGCUACAAUUGGGACAAGAUGCAGGGUUUGGCUGAGUACCUGGCUCACAAGCUGGGGGAGAAGUUACUCCUUCAACUCGAUCAGGUGGUGGACUUCGCCGGCCUGACGUACGCGGCUGGUCCUGACCUCAUCUGCGAAUGGGCUGAACAGGACAUCGACGAGGAGGCGUUCACACCUGCUGACUAUAAGCGACGUGUCGAACGGAGGGGCGCCACCUUUGGAAGUGUUUACGUUCUCGAUAAGAGCAAAGUUCCUAGCGAGGGCCAAGCCUACGAGGCGCUGAUGGAAUCUGCCCGUUCCGUAACUUCCACCAAUGCUGACAAGGCUGUGUCCAAAGCAGGUGGAAAGCGCGUGAGGCUUACCCCCCUGGAUGUGAAGUUCAUCCACAUGUGUCACGGCCAACGAGCUGUGCCACCAGAUAAACAAAGACAAGCUUACUGGUGA